CGCCGGGCCGCGAGCGGGCCGUGCCGGCCUAGGAGCCGGCGGCCGUUGGUCCUGCGCGCCGGCGGCCGGGCGCCCGCUGGACACGGCGGUGGGCCUGCGUCUCCGGUGACAUUGAGGCCGCCCCGCGGGGGCUCGGGGCUCGAGGGGCUGCAGGGCCGCAGCCCCCGUGCUGGCGCGAGCGCCCGGGCCUGCUCCGCUGGCCUGCGGCGGCCGCGCCGCGGGCUGGGACGGUGUGACCUUGGGCGCCCGCGGCCCGCUCGGCGGCUGCGCGCCGGCCGCGGUGAGCGAGGCUCCCGGCGCCCGCGCGCGAGGCCCGGCCGAGGGCGGCCCCGACGUCACGCGCAGGAUGUUGGCCACCAGGGUGCUGAGCCUCGUCGGCAGGCGGGCGAUUUCCACCUCCGUGUGCGUGCGGGCGCACGGGAGCGUUGUGAAGAGCGAGGACUACGCUCUCCCGAGCUACGUGGACCGGCGUGACUACCCCCUGCCCGACGUGGCCCAUGUGAAGCAGCUGUCUGCCAGCCAGAAGGCCCUGAAGGAGAAGGAGAAGGCCCCCUGGGGCAGCCUCACCAGGGACGAGAAGGUCGAGUUGUAUCGCAUUCAGUUCAACGAGAGCUUCGCCGAGAUGAACCGGGGCACCAAUGAGUGGAAGACGGUCGUGGGCACGGCCCUGUUCUUCAUCGGCUUCACCGCCCUCAUCCUGAUCUGGGAGAAGCACUACGUGUACGGCCCCAUCCCGCACACCUUCGACAAGGAGUGGGUGGCCAUGCAGACCAAGAGGAUGCUGGACAUGAAGGUGAGCCCCAUCCAGGGCUUCUCCGCCAAGUGGGACUACGACAAGAACGAGUGGAAGAAGUAGAGCUCCUGCCGCGGAGCCCUCGCAGCGCUGCGCACGCACAGGGAACCCACGUCAGACGGCGCCAGUCCUAAUAAACGACCCGUGUCCCCGAGGUCCUCUUGGAGGAGAACUAAAUGCAAGCGUCUGUUAUUUAAAACAAUAGCUGUCUCCCAGGCGUCCGAAGUAAACAUACACUGGCUGUACCCGA